ACAAAGUCUCCGAUAUUUCCUUCCUCCUAGCUUGUUCGUUCGUCUCUCAUGAUUCUUGUCUUGAAAGUUUGCGAACCUCGAUGCUUUGAAUGGUUCUUCAUUCCUUCUGUUCUUCAAUUCUUGUGAUUCCAUUCCAUGUGCAAAGGUAGGAGCCGCCGCUCAACCUUCAGAAAGUGCAAUGUCAUGCUUCUGUUUGCCAAGAAACUGUAGCUGGUCUUCCUCUUGUUCUGUCAGAGCUCUCUGAUCCUUCCAGAGCUGCCUUCUGCGUUGGUGAGGCAGGCGAAGCGGAUACUUAGUGUCGGUUGGUGAGACAUGGAGAAGAAACAUAUGAAGAUGGCCAUACUGAGGCAAGAACACACAUUCAGACAACAGGUUCACGAACUCCACCGCGUAUAUAAGGUCCAGAAGCAACUGAUGAAGGAUAUGCAGGUUGUUAAGAUGAACCCAGCUCAAGCAAGAAAGGAUACUCAAACCAAACCAUGGUUGGAUACAGACCAACAGCAAUACGAUGUUAACUCAGACAAGAAGAAAGCUCCUUUCAUCGAAGACUUCGACCUGGAGCUGACACUAGCAACUGGGAGUGAUAAGACAAAGCAAGAGAUGAUAUUCAACUCAGAGUCAGGAGCAACCCUGUCGUCAUCAACUUCCGCUGAAUCGGAGUCAGGGCAGCAAUUUCCAGACUCCAGUGUAAACUUGAGCUUUCAAAAUGAGAGCAAUAGGCAUGAUGAUCAACUCAUGCAGUCUCCUUGGCUCUACCAAUGUUUAAGUCUGAAAAUGGCUUGAUUGCUUAGCUAA